GCCGCCGCCCCCUCACCUACGUUGUUCAAUAACACUUUCCUUAAUAACAAUAAGAAAAUCCAUCGAAUAUAUUCUACAUUGUCCAUUUUAAAGGUUAACAUUUUGCAUAAAGUCAUUUUCAGUCAUUUCUUUUUGUUUUUCCCAAAAUUUAAACGCAUAUCCCUUGUACGAUGGUGCUUAUUAAUGGGGUGAAGUAUGCUUGUGAGAGGUGCAUACGAGGUCAUAGGGUCACAACAUGCACCCACACAGAUCAACCCUUAACUAUGAUCAAACCAAAGGGUAGACCAGCUACACAAUGUCAACACUGUCGAGAUCAACGGAAAAUGAAGAACUUACAUACUUCUUGCACAUGUGGUAAAAAAGGGAAACCUCCAGGAACUCAUUUGGCUUCGUGUGCUUGCCAUAAAAAUUCACAUUGUACUUGUAACCAAACCCUGAAAAAGACUGGCACUAUUAAUGGUAAUAUACAUCAUAUGUCCGCUUCGGAACGUGCAAAGAAGAAAUCUUUAAUUAAUGCUGCAAAUGCUGAUAUUAAAAAGAAGGCUUCAGAGACAAACUUUACUCCUAGCGACUCUCCUCAAAGUCAACAGAGUCAGAAUCUAAAUCAAGAACAACUGCAACCAGAAACUCCAUCGUAUUCUUCAUAUUCAAAUCCAAAUCUGAAUUUUGUUAUUGACGAUAUUGUCAUUCCUUUUGAUGUUGGUAAUGGAUUAUUUGACUUGUUUUCUCAUCAUUCCGAUGGUAACUUAACUGAUUAUAAUUCGCAACGGUCAACCCCAUCUCAACAAAUUCUUCAAAAUGGAUCUUCUAUUAAGCAUGAACAAAAUAAUACUCCUAGUACGAAUAACGACUUUAAUGAUGAUACUAAUUCCCAAUAUAAUCUUGAUGCAAUCAACCAACCAACCAAUAGUAACACAAAUAUCGCCAAAAGCAAUAGUAUAGACACCAAUAGCAACAAUAACAAUAACAACAAUAACACGGACAGACUGCAAGAUGAUUUUUCUCCAAAUAAAGGAAUAACGAAUCACUUGAGUCCCACUGAAAUAGAUUUGGUGGAUCAUAUGUUUCCAUUAUUUCCCUUGGUUGGAAAUCAAAGUUUUGAGAGUGAAAAUCAACCAUUACUGACUAUUCCUCAAGAGAUUAUCAAACCAAGCAAGCCUCCACCUCCACAACAACCAAAACCAAUGCGACCUACGGUCAUGACUCAUAGCAGCAGUCUUCAAAAUGGUAUGGCAUCAUCAGUUAAUUCCAUCAACAGUGUAGCAACUUCGACAAGCACAACUGGGAAUCAUAAUCAAUUCACAUCAGUACGACUCAAACGUCCUGAAAGUGUUUUGUCUAUAACUUCAAAUUCUUCCUCACGAUCGUAUGAUGUUGUUGGCAAUCCAACAGCUUAUAACCAAGGAACAUUUAUAAGUGGAAGCUUACCCAUGUCUUCAACAUCAGCUGCAUUCCCUCCUUCAGAUGCAUUCAAUAAUUCAAAUAGCAAUGACGACAACUUUGGGCACCAUCUGCACCAUUUUGGUAGAACUGGAUUAGGGUCAACAAGCAAUAUUGGAACCCAAUUGACUAAAAUUGAAUCGGAAUUGUACACGGAGAGCUUCUUUGAUGAAAAUAUGGAUAGUGUUAACAUUAAUCAACCUAAUUUGUCAGCAUCGUCUUCAGUACCUAAUUUUUAUGGUGUACAAGAUAGUGCUCCUGCCAAUGGCUCUGUUCCUGAUUUGACAUUUGCCAAUAAUAACGAUUCAGUAUCUGACUUUGGAUAUGACAAGGCUUCAUCAGUUCCUACCAAUCCCUUGGAAUAUGAUAUACCAUUGUAUCAAGAAAUGUUUACCCCAAUAAUGGGAUCAAAACCGUAUGUAUUUGAUCAAUUUAAUGAUUAUAAGGAUCAACUGCACCAACAAAAACAACUGCCCAUAACUUCACAAGCAAAGUCAUCUCCACUAAAACAAUCCCCACAAGGCCAACAAGCCCAACCAUAAAAGUUAUCACUUAGUUAUGAAAACCUAUAAAAUAUAAAAACAUCUCGCGAUAUAUUCUUUUCUUGUGUAUUAAAGCUAUAUAUUAUUUAUUAAUAGAUUUUUUCGAUUCUGCAUCUAUUUGCAAAUUUUGUAAUCGCGUGAUAUUUGAAUCCAUCGUAAGGGCACUUGUGGUAUUAGUUGGUUGUUUUUGUAUAUGAGGCUCAGCAGGCUCAUCAUGUAAGUAUAUCGAUAAUAUUUCAUCUGGUAUUUCAAGAAUUGAUUUAGAUUGCAUUUCUUGAAGUCUAGCAAGUCGAAGAAUAUAUUCUAAAAGGGAAAGUGGAUUACUUGCUUUAACGUUAAUUUCCUUCUCCGCGGUUUCCUUCUGGUCUUCCUCCUCCUCGUCGUCGUCGUCUUCAUCGUCGUCAUCAAAUUCACCUUUGUUUAAUUCGCCUAAUGCUAUCCAUUCUUCUUCUUCUUGGUCAACCAACUUAAUAAUUAACACAGGCGAAUUUCUUUCUUCAAGACGCAAUAGCUUUCCUGAACCGGUAAAGAACAUCCGCUCAAUUAACUUCAAAUCAAACUCUCUCUUCAGGGGCUUGUCGUCAUCUUCAUGAUAUCUUCCAUCAUUAAAAUCCUCGAUUAUUUGCAACUUGUAUUCGAACUUCCCCUUCCCCUUAACAAUUUUAACCAGACUUCUAGCAUAUGUUUCUUUCCAACUUAUAGAUUUCAAGUCGUCAAAUUCCUCCCCUUCAACAUAUUUCAAUCUACUUGGAUUGUAAAAUAUAGUGUACAUCACCAAAUCAAAGCCGGGCCCAAUCUGGUCGCCCUUGCUGUUAUUUAAAUAAUUGGCAGCUUGAAGCAAUCUACCUGGUGAUACAUUCUUGGAAUUGGUUUGUCCUGAAAAGUUCACACCCAGAGUAAGUAAUGCCAAAUUAAGAACGGGGAUAGCUUCAUUUAUAUCUUGUAAAAGCCUAUUCAUAUAUUUCUCAACCUUUUCAGUAGCUUCAACUUCGUUCUUGCUAUUUAGCCCUGUAAGUAUCUCACUCAAAUGGUCGUCAAAUUCUGUGAAUUGAGCAUGUAACUCAUCAAUUAACUCAAUGGUUGAAUCAAGGAUCGAACUGGAACGUGCAUUGGCAAGUUUUAUAAGUUCGAUUGUAGGUGUUAGUAUCUCAAUUUUUAAGUGUAACUUACGUCGUUGCUUUUCGAUCCGCAAUUGUUGUGCCAGUUUUGGGAUUUGAGAAAUGAAACUGGUAAUUGUUUUAAUGGCAAAUCCUGAAGCAAGAGAGAUCCCUGAUCUGAUAGCAAAGCUCACUGCUUGAUUACUUGCUUUUGCAAAGAUUUCAUCCAUAUUGAUUAAAGC